AAUGAGGACGCGCGGACGCGCGGCACUCUGGUCUUAGCUACGGGCGCGGCGUUUGAAGAAAAACUGUCACUGAAGAGUCAUGGUGGGGCCGGGGCCUACCGCAGCUGCAGCUGUAGAAGAGCGACAGAGAAAACUUCAGGAGUACCUUGCAGCCAAGGGAAAACUGAAGAGCCAAAACACCAAGCCUUAUCUGAAAUCCAAGAAUAAUUGCCUGAAUCCACCACCUUCUAAAUCUAUUAUUAAACCCAAAAAUGAUGUUACCAACCAUGUUGUUUUGCCUGUCAAACCUAAAAGAUCCAUCAGCAUUAAACUCCAACCCAGACCACCUAAUACUACAGGGUCCCAGAAGUCGAAGUUGGAGCCACGAAAACUUCUGGGCAAAAGGCUGACUUCAGAAAAGAGUUUUCAACAGCGUGAAGCUGGAUCAUCCACAACAGGAGAACUGUCAAGAAAACCCGUGGGGUCACUUAGUAUAGAGCAAUUGAAAACUACAAAGCAGCAGUUAACAAAUCAAGGAAAUGCUAAAUGUACAGACUCUGUGAAUAAUACCCAUGUUGAAAACGAAUCUUUGGAUAACUUUCUAAAAGAAACAAACAAAGAGAACUUGCCCCAUAUCUUAACAGAACCUGAGAGGAAGCCAGAUCCUAAUUUAUGUACCACAAGUAAGCCAAAGACUAACUCUUCUAAUCAAACCAAGAACAGUUUGGUUCCUAAACAAGCCUUGGGCAAAAGUUCAGUUAAUAGUGCUGUUCUGAAAGAUAGAGUUAAUAAACAAUUUGUUGGAGAAACACAAAGCAGGACUUUCCCAGUAAAAUCACAACAACUCUCUAGAGGAGCAGAUCUUGCAAGACCAGGAGUAAAACCCUCAAGGACGGUUCCCUCUCACUUUAUUCAGACCCUUAGUAAAGUUCAGUCAUCAAAGAAACUAGUGGUCAAGAACAUCAAAGAUGUAAAGGUUAAUAGGGGUAAAUAUGAAAGACCAAAUGAAACUAAGUUACAGUCAUACCCUGUUACUGAACAGAGAAUGAAACAUACCAAACCCAGAACAUACCCCAAUUUGCUUCAGGGUGAAUAUAACAACAGACAUCCAGACAUCAAGCAAGAUCAGAAGUCCACCCAACCUUGUUGUAUACCUCAGACAUCAUGUGUACUGCAAAAACUGAAAGCCAUAAGCCAGAGGCCUAAUACGACAAUUGGCAGAUUUAAUUCAGCCAUUCCAAGCACCCCUAGUAUAAGACCAAAUGGAACCAGUUGUAAUAAACGUGACAGUAAUGGCUUUCAACAAAAAGCACGGACUUUGAAAAAGGCUGUUCCCCAGAACCAUUUUCUGAACAAGACCGCUCCCAAAAAAGCUGAUGUCACAACCGUAAAUGAGACCCGAACAAACCCAAAUAUUAAAAACAAGGCAACAGCAGAGGAUCGAAGGAAACAACUAGAAGAAUGGCAGAAAUCUAAGGGAAAAAUCUAUAAACGGCCCCCUAUGGAAAUUAAAACAAAAAGAAAAGUAAUAAAGGAAAUGAAUAUUUCAUUCUGGAAGAGCAUUGAAAAAGAAGAGGAGGAAAAGAAAGCACAACUCGAACUGUCCAGUAAAAUUAACAACACUCUGACAGAAUGUCUGAACCUCAUCGAAGGGGGUGUACCUUCUAAUGAAAUACUUAACAUAUUGUCCAGCAUUCCUGAAGCUGAAAAAUUCGCUAAAUUCUGGAUCUGCAAAGCAAAGUUGUUGGCAAGUAAAGGCACCUUUGAUGUUAUCGGGCUAUAUGAAGAGGCCAUUAAAAACGGGGCAACACCAAUACAAGAGUUGCGGGAAGUUGUUCUUAAUAUUUUGCAAGACUCAAACAAAACCACAGAAGGAAUUACUUCUGAUUCUUUAGUUACUGAAACUAAUAUAACAUCAGUGGAAGAGCUGGCCAAGAAGAUGGAAUCUGUGAAGUCUUGUCUUUCUCCAAAAGAGAGGGAACAAGUCAUGGCAACACCCCAAAUAGCCAAGGCAGAACAGCAUAAUUAUCCUGGUAUCAAAUUACAGAUUGGUCCAAUCCCUAGAAUAAAUGGGAUGCCAGAAGUGCAAGACAUGAAACUUAUCACUCCUGUACGGCGUUCGUCGAGGAUUGAGCGAGCAGUGUCCCGCUACCCGGAAAUGCUGCAGGAACACGAUUUGGUAGUGGCUUCUCUUGAUGAACUGUUAGAAAUGGAAGAAACAAAAUGUUUUAUAUUCCGUAGAAAUGAGGCUUUGCCUGUAACAUUGGGGUUUCAAACCCCUGAAUCAUAAUUUCUUGAUUUUUUUUUUAAAAAGGUGUUUCAGAACCUCCAUAAGACAAGAAGUAUUCUUGUCCAAGUGACCUGGAAAAAAGUGUGUAAUAGAGAGGCAUCGUGGAUGCAGAUUAUGGACUCUCAGGACUUAAGUAAUUCACUGGGCUUAGUCUCAAAUUUUAUCUCCCCAUGGGAAAAUCUUUGCUUUAUGUGUUUAAGACUGUAGUGUGCCAGUCUUACAGUAUACAUAAAUUUCAAACUUUUGAAUACCCUACAACUAUGAUAAAAAUUUAUACUUUAUUGAUCUACUUUAAUCCCAACAUAGUUUUUUAUAUCAGAAGGUUGGUCCCACAAUAUAAUGGGACUUUUCUUUCUGCAUCCACCUUAGCAGAGGGCAAGUCCUUUCAUCGUGGAAGAUCUGAACUUUGACGCUAGCUUGACAGGCUGAAUGGACCUUGACAGAUGGCCAAGUCAAAACCCCUCAUUUUACAGAUGAGCUUAUGCUAGCUGUGCCUUUGCUCAGAGAUCAUAAAUUUAUGUGUGAUCUUUGACUUCCAUCACAGUAUCCUUGUAAAUGAGAGAUAAUUCUUGUUUUUCCUGUGCCAGGUCUCAGAUGAAACACAAUCCUGAAUGGGUGUGGCCAUCUAGCUUUUAUAUCCAAAUCUAGUUUUGCAUUUGUUACUCAAACACUUCAAGUAACAAAAGGGGGGCAGGGGAGAGGGGUGGGGAGUGGACACUGGCUUCUUCACUUCAGUUCUUUGCUCAGCUAGGGGAUAGCUGGCCUGAGAAGGCAGUGCAAGCCCCAGAGACUGUUGUAGGUUGCUUUUUCUUCCUCCUGGGCAACUUAUUUGUGGAAAGGUUUUACCUUAGUCAUUAUAUAAAUAUAAUGUGUAGAAAAACCUAGUCAACACAUUUUAAAUUUUAGCUUUCUUAAUAUUUAAGUAUUACCUUAAAACAACAUUAAAUUUCUAUUAGUUC